CUUGUGCGUCAUCUCCACGCGCGUCUCACCGCGCGCGGAGCAGGUGGCGCGGAUUAAGGACGUCAAGAUCAUUGACAGCGUGAAGCCGCGGUGCCUGCUGCUGCCAUGGUGGCUGGUGGCUGGGUACACUAUGUCUAGACUGGGGGCCCUGGGCGGCUCCCGCGCCGGGUUGGGACUGUUACUUGGUACUGCCGCCGGCCUUGGAUUCCUGUGCGUCCUUUACAGCCAGCGAUGGAAACGGACCCAGCGCCGUGGCCGGAGCCACAGUCUGCCCAACUCCCUGGACUAUGCGCAGGCUUCAGAGCGUGGACGCCAGGUGACACAGUUGCGGGCUAUCCCAGGGGAAGCUGGAGAUGCUGCGGUGCUGCCCAGCCUCCCACAGGAAGGACAGGAGAAGGUGCUGGACCGCCUGGACUUUGUGCUGACCAGUCUUAUGGCACUGCGGCGUGAGGUAGAGGAGCUUCAGAGAAGCCUGCAAGGACUGGCUGGGGAGAUUGUCGGGGAGGUCCGAUCUCAUAUAGAAGAAAACCAGAGAGUGGCUCGUCGGCGCAGGUUCCCUUUCGCCAGGGAGAGGAGUGACUCCACCGGCUCCAGUUCUGUCUACUUCACUGCCUCCUCCGGGGCGACACUUACAGAUGCAGAGAGUGAAGGAGGUUAUACAACAGCCAACGCGGAGUCUGACUAUGAGCGGGACUCUGACAAGGAGAGUGGGGACGCUGAGGACGAAGUGAGCUGCGAGACUGUGAGGCUGGGGAGGAAGGACUCUCUGGACCUUGACGUGGAGGCAGCAUCCAGUCCGGCUUCGGCUACCUUGGAGGAUGAUGACUCCUUGGGCCUUGAGGAUGUGCAGCUGGUCCUGCAGCAGGCGGAUGAGCUGCACCAGGGCAGUGAGCAGGACAAGAGGGAAGGCUUCCAGCUGCUGCUCAACAAUAAGCUGGCGUAUGGAAGCCGACAAGACUUUCUGUGGCGCCUGGCCCGGGCCUACAGUGACAUGUCUGAGCUUACUGAGGAGGAGAGCGAGAAGAAGUCAUAUGCCCUAAAUGGAAAAGAAGAAGCAGAGGCUGCUCUGAAGAAAGGAGAUGAGAGUGCUGCAAGCCACCUGUGGUAUGCAGUGCUUUGUGGUCAGCUGGCUGAGCAUGAGGGCAUCUCGAAGCGUAUCCAGAGUGGCUUUAGCUUCAAGGAACAUGUGGACAAAGCCAUUGAACUUCAGCCAGCAGACCCCAGGGGUCACUUUCUUCUUGGCAGGUGGUGCUACCAGGUUUCUCACUUGAGCUGGUUGGAAAAAAAAACGGCUACAGCCUUGUUUGAAAGCCCGCUUAGUGCCACUGUGCAGGAUGCCCUGCAGAGCUUCCUUAAGGCUGAGGAACUACAGCCAGGAUUUUCAAAAGCUGGACGGGUAUAUAUUUCUAAGUGCUAUAGAGAAUUAGGAAAAAACUCUGAAGCUAGAAAAUGGAUGAAGUUGGCUCAGGAGCUGCCAGACAUCACUAAUGAGGAUUCAGCUUUCCAAAAAGACCUGGAAGAAUUGGAAGUAAUUUUAGGAUACUAAUCAUACUUCAAUUACUCAGGGGCUACUACUUAAACGUGGAAAAGAAAAUCAAGUUGCUUUUUUCCCGUGACCCCCUAUUGAGUUCAGGAAACAAGCAAGAUGUCCUGACCCCUGGAGAUUUGACUGCUACCACCAUCAUCCCUCAACUUUUUAUGUUAUCAGUUAAUUUAUUCUAAUUUCCUACCUUAAUUUAAAUUGGGGGUGUACUUGCAGCUAAGGUUUCUGCUUUCUUCCUCCUCCUAAGUGAAUUCUUGAAAAACCAAGACAUAGGGUUUAAUGUGGACACAGCCCGGAAGGCCAAGAGCUGAGAAUGAAGUAGCAGAACUGUCUCCCAACUGCCAGUGAGGUAGAUGAACUUCAAAGAGCCACGGCAACAAAGCAUAGGACUUGUAACCUUUUUGCUAAUAUUCAACACAUAUUUAUUGUCCUUUAAUGUCACACCCUACCUAUGAGGACAAAAGGAGCCACCACAGCCCAAUUCCUGCCCUCCAAUCACCCAUCAUGUAUACUCUAGCUGUAUUCCUGGGUGAGGGCUGGACCAUGGGACCUCCGGAGUUCUGGCAGCUUUUGGGAUGACAGCACUGGCAAAGGGUCUAUAAGUAUAUUUUGAAAGUGAUCUAUCUGAAGAGGUGCCUGGAAUAUUUUUUGGUACAAAUUUGAAAUAAACUAAAUUUGAUUAGAAGGAUA